GCACUGGGCGGGGCCGCCGGUGACGUCACGGCGCGGUGACGCCAUCGCUCCGUCGCCGCGCGCCCGGCGCCGCCAUGUUCAAGGUAAUUCGGCUGGGGGCCACCCCUGUCAGCCUGAGCUUGCUCUCUAUCCAGGUUUAUGCUGCCUCUUCAGAGAAGACUUCCAAAAAGGAGUUUUUGAAAACUGAGGAGCUGUCACUGUACUCCUCCCCAGCUCGUGAGACUAAAUAUGUGGAGAAUCCCAAAACCGAGUUGGAAGAGGGGGUUUCCCGUUUGCGGCAUGUUAUGGAGCCAUACACAGCCUGGUGUCAGGAUCUUUAUGCCAAAGCUAUGCCCAAGUUAGAAAAAGCUGUUGAGCAUGGUAGAGAGGGCUAUGAAUUUCUCCAAAAACCCCCUGCAGGAUUUUAUCCAAGACUUGGUGUGAUAAGUUUUGCUGGAAUUGUUGGAUUGUUUCUUGCUAGAGGCUCAAAAAUAAAGAAGUUGGUGUAUCCUGCAGCUCUCAUGGGUAUUGGUACCUCCAUGUAUUACCCCCAGCAAGCAGUUGCUAUUGCAAAGGUUGCUGGCACACAGCUGUAUGACUGGAGUCUUCAAGGAUAUAUUGCUGUAGAAGCUCUUUGGAAGGAUAAUCCUAAGAAGAAGAAAUCAGGGGAAAAAGGUGAUAAGGGUGAUGCAGUGGGUGACAAGCCCCAUGCUGCUUCAAAUAAAGAGCAAACCCAGAAGUAGAAUGCUACAUCACUUGGCAUCAAACAGGUGGAUAAAAAUAUAGAUGUGAGCAACAAUUUCCCAAGAAAAAGAUGAAAACCAUCUGAAUCCAUUUGAAUGUGACUAAUCUGCCUUCUGCCUCAGGACAGUCUGAUGACCUGCUGCUCGGGCUUCUGGUGUGGCUUCUGUGAAAGGACACUACAUGUUCUGGGUCAGUCUUGAGACUUCCUCCUCUGUUCUGCAGUGGGACUCAAGGCUGCCCAUGCUUGUCCCAUUGCAGGAUCAACAUUGCAAGUAGCAAGUCUCAAAAUCCCUCGGUCUCUUUAUUAUUUAUAUAUAAAAUAAAAUUCCAGUUACAGAA